GAGAGGCAGUUCACCAAUCAGCCGCAAAUGCGUCAACUGUGUUACAGCGGGGCUCGCGCUUAAAUCAACCGCGAAGGUGCGCGUGUGGGCACAGGUGUAUACAUGCGUGGCCACUACAGCGCGUCACUUUGAAGGAGGACAGGGCGGAAGCGCAACGUGUGGGAAAGCGUAACCGUACCUACAUACCAGAGGUGGUAACCGCGAAAUAAAUCUACUUGGACUGUGGAGAAUUUUGGAAUUAUAAUAUUUAUUCUACCCUGUGUGCUAUUAUUGCACGCCUGUUACAACAUAUGUAUUUGGAUUACAGUGGCCAAUUUGCAGUUCCAAAGCGGAGAAGCGCACAAGAAACUGCGUAUUGAAAAGGGAAAACUUGCGGAUAAAACCAUUAUCUGCUGAAUACUGUCAUAAACCGAAAUAGCCCGAAUGCAUUGCACAUAUUUUAAACCUCAGGAGUAGUCGGUGUGGAUUUUUUUUCUGUUCACCUCCUAAAAGCAGGGAAUACAAAGACCACCUCAUAGAGCCAUCGGCCCCUCUCCUGUUCACUACGUUCAAUUAACCUGCCCAAGAAAAGAAAAGAAAAAACUGAUGAUGACGGAAAACAGUGAAAAAGAGAAUGAACCACAGAACCGAGACCGGGAGAACUCGCAUGGCACGAUGUCCAUACAGCACGCUUCUAAGCUGCAGCGUCUGAAGCGCUCCCUGUCCUUUAAGACCAUCAUGCGCAGCCGGAGCGUGGACAACUUCUUCCAGCGGUCCAAUAGCGACGCCCGCCUCCCGCCGGACUUCCUGGCCGACCCCCCUCCGCCUUCCCCCCCGCUCCUGCCGGGCUCCCCGCUGGCCGGCGACUGGUCCCCCUCCCUCUCCCCCUCGCCCUCCCUCAGCCCCAACCCGUCCCUGUGCUCCCGCUCCCCCACCCUGGCCUCCUCCCCCUCGCUCUCCGCCAAGCCCGCCCCCCAGGCCCGUCCCGUGGUCACGCACUGCUUCCUGGAGCACGUGUUCCGCCGGCCCACUUCCUGUCAGCUAUGCAAGCACGCCAUCGUCGGAAACUCCAAACAAGGCCUACGCUGCAAAACCUGCAAGAUGGGCGCUCACCUCUGGUGUUCCUCCGAACUGUCCCAGCAGCCCUGCAACGGCAAGUCUGGGGUGUUCAAGCGGAACUUCAGUUCCCCGAUGCUUAUAAAUGACCAGUUGGGUGCCGUCCAGGAAGCUCCCGCCCCCAAAGACCCCGGGAGGGCGCGUGUGGACCCGGUGUAUGAGGCCCUGCGCUACGGGACGUCCCUGGCACAGAUGAGCCGCUCCAGCUUCGGCAGCGUCUCCGAAUCGCCCACCCGCAGCAUGGGUGAGGGAGGAGAGGGAGGAGAGGACAGAGAGGGAGGAGAGGACAGAGAGGACAGAGAGGACAGAGAGGACAGAGAGGACAGAGAGGAAGGCCAGCCCAGCGCUGAGGAUGACAGUGGCAGUCUGGAUCUCGGAGAUCUCCCGGUCACUGAGAUUGAGAAAGUGGAGCCAGAGGACGGGAUCAGCAGCCAGAAGGUUCCCAAACGGAUUGAGGUUCACUCAAUCCAUACUUACGUUGCACUGUAUAAGUUUCUGCCACAGGAGCAGAAUGACCUGGAACUACAACCAGGGGACCGUGUGCAGGUCACAGAUGACUCAAAUGAAGAGUGGUGGAAGGGGAAGUGCGGAGAUAAGGUGGGGUUUUUCCCCGCAAACUUUGUGCAGAGAGUGCGCCCCGGGGAGAGGGUGUGGCGGGUCACCCAGGGUAGCCAAGGAAACCGAGAGACAGGUCACAUGGCCGUGAAAGAGUCUCAGAUCUGUGUGGGUAAGAGUGAGGACAGUAAUGGCUGUAUGAAGCUGAGCAGUGGGAAGAAGAGAGGUCUGGUCCCCUGUGACUCCCUGGAGGAGAUAUGAGCUUCUUAUGACCCCCUUUUCACCUCCCCCCUCACCCCCUGCCCCCUAAUCCCUGCCCCACCCCCAGGAGGGGCGUUGUCCCACCAUGCCCCAAGAAGAAGAGGCUGAGCACGGAUGGAGCAGCUCAAACCCCAAACUUUUAUCCCUGACAUUAAGCCCCUCCCAUAAUCACAGAAGGGUUGGCCAGCUACGCUUCCUCACAAAUCGCUCGACCCCAGAUUCACCUCUGAUUUUUGGCCCAGGGCUGCUGGAUCACAUGACACUCUCCCCCAAUGGGACAGAUGCUCAGGCGGACCUCUCACCCUGCUUCCCCAAUCCUGGACCUGAAGGAGGGGACAUUCACAGUUUUGUUUUGCUCUGCCUACAUGUGUGGGCGGGGCCUAGCCAGGUAGGGGCUGGAGGACAGGGGAAGAGAGGACAGAACGGAGGAGGGAGGGAGCAUGUGUGUGUGUGUGUGUAUGUGUGCGUGUGUGUGGGUGUGUGUCAUGUCUCGCCCCACUCUGCUGCAAUCUGGGUCCCUGUAUUAGGAUUAAGUUCAGCUUCAUUCAGCCCUGUGGUUCUUCAGGCAGACCCCCAUUCCGGCUCUGUUUCCUCAUGCCCUGUAAAGCUCAAAUCUGGAGAGUAUGCCAAACCCUGCCCGUCAAUAUUCAGCACACCGUGCAGCCAGACACGAGGACCACACGUGAUCAUGGGGUCCACCCCCAAUGCUCACUCCUCUAUUCAACAAUCUAACUGCAAUGAGCCUUUUCUGUGAGUAACAGGCCUUGGGUUUAAUUUCUUUUCUUUUCACACAAUGUCAGGAGAUCAGCAGUUGGUGAAAUCAAUGAAACUUGUUGCAGUAAUUUACUAAAGUGCAUUGCAGUUAAGCUGAACAGAAGCCAUACUCAGUUCCUGAGAACAUGAGGCAUGCAGGUCAGGGAUGAUACGAGAUAGAUGAAAAUAUCCUGGUCUCAAUCAAACACAGAUCAAUAUGUGAAUAUGUGAAUAUAGCAGUGACCUCCGGAACAACUUUGAAUUUUCCUCGGGGAUUGAACGGACACGGGGUCUGAUCGUCGAUAUUCCUGCCCGACGGAACUUCAGGGCCGGAGUGGAAACGAUGGAGGAACAUGCCCAGGUGCCCGUACGGCAGGUGGGGGGCCCGGUUUCUGGGGCCCGGUUGCCGGGGCCCGGUUGCUAGGUUUUUGAGAAAGGGAGGGGCAGUGUUUUAAAUAGACUGCUUCUGUCAUGAUCAGUAAAGGGGUCCUCGUGGGGGAAGGGGGGGUGGGUGUGAGGAGAAGGUGUCUGUAGGAGCAGGAUUUGAGAGAGGGGAGGGAGGGAGGUGGGCGUGUGCUUCACGACAGGGUGGAGUCACCUGACGGAGACUUAAGGACUCCAGUGCUCUGGAGGCUGGUUGGGCGUAGUCACAGCACUUGUUAGUCAUUCUGGGUUUUGUCAAGUGGUAAGCAGACAGGGGGUCCCUAAGUCCUGCUCAUAGUGCUAAAAUCCAUUCUCUCUGCUUUGGAAUGGCAGUUAUAUUAGACCAGAGUCUGCAACCUGGGUACUGGAGAACCACAGGGUCUGCUGGUUUCCACUUUUACUCUGGACAUACUGAUAAAUGAAGGCAGCUGGUUGUACUCUAAACUCACCUCACCUGGUUCUUGGGUCUUAACUGGCUGACAGACAGACAGAGAGAUACAGAGAAAAAGAUAGACAGAGAGAGAUCUCAACUCCACCGAUACACUAGGUUCUACCGCUGAAGAACCGACUGAAAAACCGAACAACCGGAUAACUCUUCUGAUAACCUACCGAGUGUGUGCUGUUAUGCUGUGUAAUUCCUGCAAUAAAUGACCACCCCCCACCCCACCCACUCCCCCCCUCACCUCAUUGGCAGUGCAUGUGCAUUGUGUCCCCAUAGUUGAGCUAGGCAUUGUGGGUAGCCCUGAUGCUCAAAGUCUUGUGACUCUUACUCGUCUGUUUCAGUGAUAUUUAUGUUCAACCCAAGAUGUGAAAACAGGCGGGAAAAUGUUAGAGAAGGGGUUGUGCAGGGGGGUAUCCUCUCUUGCGAGCCAGAGGCCAAAAUGUGAAAAUUUUAAAAACCCAACCUUCGUCUGGGUGACUAAUUUGUUGCUGGAUAGCUGUCCAUCUAAAUGUCUGUUGGAAAUAGAACAUUAUUUAUUUUAUUUUUUCAUUGUUCAUAAGCUGGAACAGCAAUAACAGCCUAUGUGUAGCACCUUCUAUGGCAGUGUUUCUCCACCCGGCCCCAGGGGUCCCGCUACGUAUGCUGGUUUUUUUGUCAAAGCCUAUCUACUGAUCAAUACGUAUGUUUAAGUUAUACCAUAAUUGUGUGCUGCAAGUAAACUCCUUUCAUUUUACGCAUUUGGUUUCAGGUUUUCCACACUCUCUGCCAACAGGACCCAGCUAAUUUCACCUGUCAAUUUGUCACUGAAUCAAUUCAAAAUGGAGGCUCUUUCAAUUGGAAUUAUCUGUCAUAUAGCACAUACAUCACUGUAAAUUGAAGCACAAGUUGGUCUGACCGGUUGAAAUUCCUGGGAUGUGAAUAUGGGACAUUUAGUUUUUACUGCAUACAUAGCUAUUUCUAGUGUAAUGUGGCUUUUAAGAGGAUAAAUCAUCUUUGAGUAGAUGUAAAAAGUCUCAUUAAGAACAGUUAGCUGCUCAUUACAGUACUGAGCUCGUUACUAUGGUUGGAACAAAAACUAGCAUGCACAGUGGUCACCCAGGACCAGGGCUGAGAAACACUGUUCUACAGACCAUGAAUUUGCAUCAACAUAAUGUAAUGUACAUAGUGGAUAAAUCUCGUGCAUCUGUUAUUUUCUGUGUGGCUUGCAGACUGUGUGCACAGGCAGACUUCUGCUGGCUCGAAUAAACCUUGGGAAACCCCGCUGUGUCUCACAAACUGCCA